GCCAAUAUCAUCUCUAACUUCAGUGCUUAAAUUAAUCAAUCAUUAAUCAACCUAAUCCAACUACCAUGACCUUCUUUACAAGAAUUUCCAUCAUCCUCGCUCCGUCAAUAAACUUAUUAAUCAGUCAAUCAUUACAUAUUUAAAUUGAAUGGUGUCAUCAAAUGCUAGUGUAGACUUAAAUUCAAGCUCAAGCUCAAUUAUUAAUUUCGUAGGCGCAGCCAUGGGAGAGAUCGAUCCGGCUUUCAUCCAAGAUCCCGGGCACAGGCCUAGGCUCGCCGUAAUCGAAGCGGAGAGCAUACCACUCAUCGAUCUCUCACCGGCAAUAAGCGCCUCCAAUUCGGUCGAUAGCAGGGCCAUUGAGAAACUCGCGAGAGAGAUCGGUGACGCGUGCAGCGAGUGGGGAUUUUUUCAGGUGACCAACCACGGCGUGUCUCUGGAUUGUCGCCGGAAACUGGAGUCGGCGGCGAGGAGGUUCUUUGAUCAGGAUCUAGAGGAGAAGAGGAAGGUGAGGAGGAACGAGGUGAGUGUUUUGGGUUACUUUGAUGCAGAAAAUACAAAGAAUGUUAGGGACUGGAAGGAGGUUUUUGACGUGGCAGUACAGGAGCCCACUGUGGUCCCGGUUUCGAGUGAUCCCAUGGACGACCGAGUCGUUGAGUGGUUCAAUCGGUGGCCUGAGUACCCACCCGAGUUAAGGGAAGCAUGUAAGGAAUAUGGUAGAGAAGUGGGAAAACUAGCUUACAAGAUGCUCGAACUUAUUGCUCUGAGUCUAGGCUUGGCAGCAAACAGUCUCAAUAUCCACUUCGAAGACCAUCAAACUACAUUUAUGAGACUCAAUCACUACCCGCCUUGCCCCUCUCCGGACUUGGCCCUUGGUGUGGGUCGCCAUAAGGAUGGUGGUGCCUUAACUGUGCUAGCUCAAGACGACGUCGGAGGAUUGGAAGUCAGGAAGAAAUCAGAUGGAGAAUGGAUUCGGGUAAAACCCACCCCAGGUGCUUUUAUCAUAAAUGUUGGGGACAUUGUUCAGGUUUGGAGUAAUGACAAAUACGAGAGCGUGGAACAUAGGGUGAUGGUGAACUCAGAGAAGGACAGAUUUUCAAUUCCAUUUUUCCUUAACCCUGCACACUACACUGUGGUCAAGCCCUUGGACGAGCUGCUUGAUGAGAACAAUUGUCCUAAAUUUAAGUCGUACAAUUGGGGCAAGUUUAUGACGCAUAGAAAGGACAGCACUUUCAAGAAACAAAAUGUUGAAAAUAUCCAAACUCAUCAUUUCAGGGUGCAGGAGUAAGAAGUUUGGUAUAAAUCGAAUAAGAUCAUACUAUUUCUGUAUGGUCAAACAAAUAAUUCUAUAAUAUAUUUCAUAUCUACUGAAUACUUGUGUAAUAUAAGCUGGUGCCAUUUACAGAUUGUCAUGUUGCGUAGAGGGAAAAGUGAUUUUUCAAACUCGGCUCGGAAUGUAUGGUACAAGUCUAAUGAGCUCUUACAAAAUAAUAAUGUUGUAGAACUUCUACACUUGUGAGUGAGUGAGCCUGAAAAAGUUGUGGAAGAAAGAAGUAUGUUGAUAUAUGAUUUCGUUUGCUAAA